CGGUGGUGACGGUGUGUACGUGUGUACCUGCUCCUGUAGAUCAUCCAUCGCUGCGCUAUGAUGACGAGUGUGAAGCUUCCCUCCCAGCUAAACAAGCGUCUGCUCCAUGUCAGCAUCCGCUUGCUGCAUCUCUAAUCCGCUCUGAUGUCACCGUGCUGGAGGAGGAGGGGCUCAGCUCUCUAUGUUAGCCGGGCAACUUGUCGUCUGGACGGACUAACACUGCCGCAGCAAGCCGACCGAGCGACUGAACACAGGGGGCAGAAUGUGUGUACGGCCGGAGAUCCUGUACUAACAAACAGGGUAAGUUCUAAAGACUGGAGCCACAUCAACACACUAAAAUGAGCCAUAAGUACCCGGACGAGGGGAAUGGGGAAGUAGGUGAGGAACGCCCAGUAGCCUUGGUUCCUCAGCGUACUAGGCAGAAUAACGGAUCAGUGCCUGGAGAACCCCCUAUACGCCGAACCUGGAGACCGUGUCAGAUGCACAGUCAAGAUGGAGAGUUGAAUUCCCACCAUCAUCAUCACCAUCAUCAUAAACAACCAUCUCAUCACUACCACCCACACUCAGCUCGUGGUCCACCACGUCAACGCCAUCGGCGGUCAUCACUGCAAGGGCAAGGCCAAAACCAGGCUCAGUUUCCUGGUACGGUACAAGAUGUGGUGCCUUCCAAUGAAAGUCAAGUCGAUGAAUCACGUCCUGUCCAUCAGCUUCGCGCAGCUGUUACCCGUUACCGCCGCCGUGGUGACCCAAAUCCAAGGCUGAGAGGUCACAAACAGAAGCCACCAAUCAAAGAGAUACAGCAGACUUUAUCAGGUGCAGAACCCAGAGAAGGUCCUGCAGACAUUGCAGAGCAAAACAUGACAGACAAAUCUCUAAAGGACCAAAUACAGGACAGAGGAUCUCCCUACCAGACUCCUGUUGCUGUGGUCACCCCUACCCACCUCACAUCAGAACCAGCACAUCUUGACCAGCAACAGAAUUUCCAGGAAAUUGCCGUAGUUUGUGAAGACGACAUGAAGGAAGUUAAGGAGAAUGACAAGCCAGAACCUUCAGAGGAUGGAAGAGAUCAUCACUCAACCUCAGAUAACUCUAUCUGCAGCCAUGACACAUUUCAGACAGUCCACGAUGAAGCAGAUGUUCAUGUAGUCAAGGAGGUGGAAAAUCAGGAGGAAAUCAUGGAUGGUGUUCUCGAUGCUGAAGCUCAGGGAAGUGAAAUCACUGAUCUCUGCUCGGACACAGAAAGCGCUGCUUCUCUCAGUAAUGAUGGACCUCUCCACAGCCCGCCUCCACUCCAGUCCCCUACGCCUCCAUCAUCACCUGAUGCUCCACUUUUCCCCCAGCUGGACCACUUCAGUGAGGAUGCCAGUAUGAGCCCUCUGCCUGACAAUUACCUGCUGCCUGAAGAUGAAGACGAGUGCUCCGAAUCACCCUCUGAAUAUUACCCCAAGACCUAUGCAGACUUUUAUACAGAAUCCCACCAAAAGUCUUACCUCGAGUCUGUUGAGGAGUCAGAGACAAAAUGCCAUCGCAAAUCCUUUCCAGAAGCCCUUAAGACAUCAUAUUCUGAGGCACUCAGAGAACCUGGCAUGCAGUCUUGUCAACAAACUGAGCCAUAUGAGGCCCAGCAGGAGUCCCAUCGUGAGCUAUUUACCAGCCAUAGACAGGAGAAUGUACAAAAAGCCUCCCCUAUCAAGGGCACUUAUUAUGCACCAAGGCGCGGCAGGGAUCGAGGUUCUCAUCCCUCCCAUGUGGACAGCUCUGUCGGCUGCAGGCUGCACCACUAUGACGCCCAGUCUGAUGGAGAGGGGGGUAGUGCCCAUCAAAGCCCCAUCCAGAAAAGUUUUUGGAAUGGACCUAGACAAGCAGAUGCACUGACCAAGCAUCUACCUCCUGCACAGAACAGACCAGGUGAGACAAUGGAUGAGGUUGGUCCCAAUGCAGAGGUAUCUGGAGACACCAUUAGCUUAGUGAUAAAAGACAUCAGGGAGGCCAUCGAGGAGGUUAAGACGAAAACUGUGCGGUCCCCUUACACACCAGACAAGCCUGUGGAGCCCAUUUGGGUGAUGAGGCAGGAAACCAGCCCCACAGAGGAAGUCAAGACACUACAGAUGAUGGCAGGCCAUUCUUCUCCUGAGUCCCUCUCCCAGUCAGCGUCAAGGUCUCCAUCUCAGCAUGCAUCAUUGUGUGAUCAGGAGUCUGGCAGUCCGCUGAAGGACGAGUCAUCCAAAGUUCUCCAUUCCCAACAACAUCCCGAGCACCAGCCUCAACGCAACAACCAUCAGCAUCAAGGCCGCCAGUCACAACAGAGGGAUGUGGCUAAGCAACCUCAACCACACUUACAGCCAAAUCUACCACAACAACAGCAGUAUCACCAACAGAAUCAACAACAUCCACCUCAACAGUCGCAUCAGGUUCAGCCUUCACCACAGCAGCUGUCUGUCCAGGAAAUACGCAGAUCUCUUCCUCCAUUUCCCACAUUUGUGGAUAUCCCAGGACCAUGUGACCCUGAAGAUCUGAUUGAUGGCAUCAUCUUUGCCGCAACCUACCUGGGCUGCACGCACCUUCUUUCAGAGAGGACUCCAACAAAGAGCGCCCGCAUGGAGCAGGCGCAGGAAGCCAUGAACAGAGUGCGGGCGGCUCAGAAGCAAGCAAAGAACAGGAAAAAGAGUCCUGACAGUGAAACUCCGCCCACUGCUGAGGUUGAUCUUUUCAUGUCCACGCAACGAAUCAAAGUCCUCAAUGCAGACACUCAGGAGUCUUUAAUGGACCUGCCGCUUAGGACUAUCUCCUACAUAGCUGACAUCGGUAAUAUGGUGGUCCUGAUGGCCCGGGGGAAGAUGGUCCGGUCUCGCAGCACGCACGAAAACUUGGACACCACGGCUGAGCAAACCACCAUGUCCAAUGAUGACAGACGGCUCUACAGGAUGAUCUGUCACGUAUUUGAGUCCGAGGAUGCUCAGCUGAUUGCUCAGUCCAUUGGUCAGUCCUUCAGCGUGGCCUACCAGGAGUUCCUCAGGGCCAACGGUAUCGACCCAGAGGAUCUGAGCCAGAGGGAAUACAGCGACCUGCUCAACACUCAGGACAUGUACAACGACGACCUCAUCCACUUCUCAAAGUCAGAGAACUGUAGAGAUGUUUACAUCGAGAAGCAGAAAGGAGAGAUUCUGGGCGUGGUGAUUGUGGAGUCGGGUUGGGGAUCCAUCCUUCCCACCGUCAUCAUUGCCAGCAUGAUGCAUGGUGGCCCCGCCGAGAAGUCCGGUCGACUUAACAUAGGCGACCAAAUCAUGACCAUCAAUGGAACCAGCCUGGUGGGUUUGCCGCUCAGCACCUGCCAAAGCAUCAUCAAGGGGCUGAAGUCUCAGUGCAGAAUCAAGAUGAACAUUGUCAGGUGCCCGCCCGUCACCAUGGUGCUCAUUCGCAGGCCGGACCUCAGAUACCAGCUGGGCUUCAGCGUCCAGAACGGCAUUAUCUGCAGCCUGAUGAGGGGAGGAAUCGCUGAGAGGGGCGGCGUACGUGUUGGUCACCGCAUCAUCGAGAUCAACAGUCAGAGUGUUGUGGCGACCCCCCAUGAAAGGAUUGUUCAGAUCCUGUCUAAUGCCAUGGGAGAGAUCCACAUGAAGACAAUGCCUGCGGCCAUGUACCGCCUGCUCACAGCACAGGAGCAGCCUGUAUACAUCUGACCUUCAUCACAUACUCUUCAUCCAGCUUUCACUCCUUCAACUAGCUUUCACCACGUCGCAUCCUGUUUGACAUCACGCAACCUGCCUUAAUCUGUAUCGUGCACAACAACAUGGACAUCAACGCCGUGACAGACUUUUUUUAGUUUUUUUGUCCUCAAAGCCGCGUGUUCCUGUGUGGUGGUACAGUACACGGGGCCAAAGAGAAAUCAUGGGUCUCAUUGUGCAUAAAGUAGGCAGCAAAACAGCGUAAAUGUCACUUUAUAAGUAAAUAAAAUAGCUGUCAUAUGUACACUAAAUAUGUUGGCCCUAAACAUUGUCAGGACAAGCUCAAUGUUGAAGUAAAGCAUCAAAGCAUACACAAUUCUACCGAAUAAACUCAGAAAAUGCAGGACAAGUUCGUUUAGUUUGGAAUCAUUUGCACAAUGACAUUUGUAAUGCAAAUGAAAUUAUUGCAUUAUUAGUUAGUCUCACCCUUUCUGCUACUCUCAGUUUGAACCCACAUAUGCACAGUGUUGCCAACCUGGCGACUUUGUCGCUAACUCUGGCGACAUUCCAAACCCUGUUGACGACCUAUUAUCUCAAAAGCGACUCUCCCUGGUAUCUGAUAUUUGGGGACUUACACAUAUUGUUCUGAAGUUUGUGUUCUCACUGAGAGGUCCGCCCCGCCCCAAAGUCAGCUCCUACGGCACACCGAGAGCAGAGUGGAGCUCUACGCAUCCAUCACACGUGCGUGAGGCGCGAUGACGCCAUGGUGGAUCUUGCCCUGUUUUACAGAGCAAGAUCUAAAACGUAAAUGUUUCUUAAUCUUCAUGAAAUUACUACUCAUUACCUCAUUGGGAGUUGCUCACUUACCUGUCAGUGUGUCAGAACAUGUGAUGGACGAUGGAAGGUCGUGGGAUGAAUUCAACAAGUAGUCCAAACUGUAAGAUAAAAGGUGGAGGCUGGAGGCAAGUCUGGAUGUAAUUAUUACACUGUCUACACUUUGCACUAGCAGAGAAAAAAAUAUUAAAAUUAUUUGACAGUAUUCCCUUGUUUAUCAUGGGGGAUAGGUUCCCAAAAUAGCCCGCAAUAAGGGAAAUCAGCAAAGUAGCCAACUUCAUAUAUUUUUUUACAAUGAUUAUAUAUGUUUUAAGGCUGUAAAACCCCUCACCAUAGACUUUAUACACUUUUCUCAGACAGGCAUUAACAUUUUAUUACAUUUCUCUCAUAGAAGUUCAAAACUUUGUUUGAAUUUUAAUGAUCAACCUACAGGUAGGACACAAGAAAUUAUUAAGUCACUUACGGGUAUUUUUUUUUGUCCUAUGACCGUGCCUUUUCAUCCUGGCGCCAGUUUUGUAUCCUUGUUAAAACAUAUUGCUACAGUCCUUCGAACUGAGGAGUAAUUUACAAGCUAGCAAGCAAGCUAGCUAUGACACAGGAGACACGCAGGCGGCAGGAAGAAGAUUGAUUGACAAUGGUCUACAGCCAAUCAAGACGCACAAAACAAUGGGCGGUGCAGACAGGCGAGCAAGGGAAGAGAUAGGACACUCAACUUCCCACUGUGCAAUUCUUCUUAAAGGGCCAGAGUCGGCUUGUAAUAGCAAAACAGUGAAUCUGCAAAAGAGGGAACACUGUAUUUUGAUGAAGUGACGGACAAUUUUAAACCAAGAAUUACGUUUAUUUGUUGUUCUAAAUGUAAUUAAGUUUUUUUUUACUCACUUUUUGUCUCUCCUAUGAGGUUAUGCUUUUUCCUACAAAACAUCAUAGGCAAGUAAUAUGCAAAUAGCCGAUGACGUCAUCUAGCGACUUCUGGGACAGCCAAUAGCUACUUUUCUUACUGAGUUGGCAACAGUGUGUAUGCACUCAAACAAAUUAGCGUAAGUACGGAAGUGUGCUAAUUGUCACACGUGUCUCACAAGUUUACGAGAAAAAAGUUGUUGCCUCAGGCCAAAGGUCACACAAAUACCCCCUUUUCAUAGCUGUCUCAAGCAAUGCCUGUUACGACAAAGUAUUUAAAUAAUCUGAGAUGUUGAGAAUAAAGUCGUAAAUUUACGACUUCUCGUAAUAUUGUUUUUUCUCAUGAAUUUACGAAUUUAUUCUCAAAAUCUCAGAGUAAAAAAAAGUCAUAAAUUUAUGACAAAGUCGUAAAUACAUACUGUACAUUUACGAGAAAAGUCAAACAUUUAUGACAAUUAAGUCAAAAAUUGAUGACUUUUUGAGAAUAAAAGUUGUAAAUGUAAGAGAAAAAAACUAUGUUGCAGGCAUUGAGAUGAGACAGCUGUGAAAAUGAAGGAUUUAUGUGACCUUUGGCCUUGGGCAUGUGGAGGGGGUGGUGUAAGGAAGGCGGAAGUGAGAAGUGCUCAACUGCUCUGUUUUGCUGCCACAUUAUAAAAUCUUGCCUGAAAGUAGGAAGAAAGUUUCCUUCCUUCCUGAAGAGCUACUGCAUGCUCUAUAUUCCCUCUGACACAUAACAUUAUGACUUUUUUCUCCUAAAUUUACAGCCUUUUUCUCGUAAAUUUAGGACUUUAUUCUCGUAAAUGUACAUUAUUCUUGUAAUAGUGCGACUUUUUUCUCGUAAAAUUACGUGCUUUUUUGGGGUAAAUUUACGACUUUGUUCUCAUAAAUUUAGGACUUACUUCGUACUUUAUGUCGUGCUUCUCUUCCUUUAAAAUUGUGAAUUCCACACGAGUUAGUCCCACCCUCUGUAGCCAAAAUGGCGUUGAUUGCAAGUUCAUCACAGAAUACUCACCAUUUGGGGCGUGUCGUGCAACAUCCGGGUACUGCGGUACUUCUGAAGCGUGAACACACUUACGCACUCAAAAUGCUAAUAGUAAGUUUGGAAAUUGAGACACAGCCAUAGUUAAUGUAAAAAAAAACAAAACCCAAAACAUUUAUUUGAAAUCCCCCAUAGCAGACAAAGAAAAAUCAAAAACGUUCAUUUAAAAGAGCACUACCAUGAUUGUCUUAUACCAUAUACUGUACCACAUUUGAUUGACUUGAGAAUAUAUUUUGUUUGAAAUAUAAGAACAGUCGAUGGUUGCAAGUAGAUAAGAAAAUAUACUGUUAUGAUCAAUAAUUCAAACUAAUUAAAACCUGAAAUAAUUUUUAAAAAAGCAUUCAUUCAAGAUUUGGAACUAUAUUCUGCAUAUUUUAACUGCAUAUUUUUGCCCUUUUUAUUCAUUUAUUUUUAAUAGAUAAGACAACAGAAGCAGAUGGCGUAAGACAAAACAAAAAGUUCCAGUAAAUUAUGACUCAAAUCAGAUCAUUUUUAAGCUUCUGGGGUUCAGUUACAGUAUCUGAUGAAAGAUUUGUUCUUAUUAUGAUAAAGGCACUUGAACAUAUGCUGCUUCCCAGAAUGCACGCACACACACGUAUUCUCUAAUAAAGUGGAGGUACACGUACACAAAAAAAUCACAUGACACAACUACAUCUCAAAACCAAUAUUGAAAGAAGUUUGUACAAUGCGAAACAAAUAAAAACCUCAACUGCUCAGAACUAACUUUGAUUCCCUCAAUUUGAUGUUCAUACAAAAUAUAUAUAUUUACUUUUUCUAUAAAAAAAAAAACAAGCACAAAGAGAGAAAAGGCAUCCACACUACAAGAGGGGACAGAGGGUAACAUGAUUUCUUGUCCCGCUAGGAGACAACAACCCCGCAAAGAUCACCAGGUUAGUUUCUUCUACAAAAGAUGCUUGACUGUUCACUAAACAAUGUUUACAUGAGAUUAAAAAGUAAUAUAUACAUACAUAGAGAAGCAAUGAAUACAGUACGUUUGUAGUUAGGACAGGUUGUGUGGAUUGAACAAAGAUGAUGUAGAACACUCACACAAAAGAAAAUGUGCAGUGCAGUUCAUCAGUGUGUCAUAAUCGGGGUUUAAAAAAAAAAAUACUACAACUCAGUGUCUUUGUAUUUCUGGGGGUUGUAGUAUCCUCUCUUGUUGCUGUCAGCCAGCUGUCUGCGGUACUCUGCCUCGUCUUCUUCAUGCCCUCUGCUCUCAGGGUAAUGCUGCCUGGAUGGAGUCUGUGGCUCAGGGUUGGAGCUGGAACUGUUAAGAUAGAAACAUGCACAUGCACCCAAACACACACAAAGUGAAUCAAGGAAAGGCUGAUAAAUAGAGGCUGCAUAUUUCUGACAAUGGGACCCCACGCUCUCACCCUAUUGGCUGAGGACGGUUGAGAUUGGGUUUGGGCAACUUUAUCGGGAUGGCGUAGAUGUCCGGAUGCUUCUGGGCGAUUUCCAACUGUGGAGCGAAAGCAACAAGACCCAGAUAUGUCAGAACGACUUUCAGGAGGGGGGGAAAAACACCCCAAGACAUCUUCCUUCUGCAUGGAGUCAUAGGAUGUGUUUCCAUUCGAACAAUUCCACUAACCACAAUUGAAUUGAGCCUUGAUGGAGAUCUGUGCUCCAUUACGUGACACUCUAGUUCAGGGGUGUGAAAAGUGUGGCCCGGGGGCCAUUUGCAGUUGCACAUUUUAAAAAUACAAUUAAACAAAAAAACUAAUUGGGGAAAAAAAAAGAAAAAAAACAGCAGUGAUUUAAUGAAAAAAAGGACACUAAAGUCAUAAUAAGAGAACAAACUUGUAAUCUUACAAGGAAAAAAGUUGCAAUUUUAUUAGAAUAAAAUCGUAAUAACAAGUGAAAAAAAUUAGAAGCAUAAAGUUGAAAUAUUAAAGGAAAUAUUUAUUCAGAAUUCAAAAUAAAAUAAUUUUUUUUUUUUUUUAAAUACCAAAUCAAACAACAUUGCAAUUUUUGGAAAAUUGAGUAAAAAAGAAGAAAAUAGUUAUAAUCUUACUAAAACAAAGUAAAAAUAUUAUGGCAAUAAAGUCAUAAUAUUAUGAGAAAAAGAAAAUUUACAAGAACAUCAAUUAAAUAUUUGGAAAAUGAAAAAAAAAAAAGAAGAGCCUUGCUUUAAUGAAGGAUUUUUGAACCCUUUUGCAUCAUUCUCCUCCAUAAGUGCACAAUUUGUCAGUUGCGAAACACGGGACAGAAGGACGUCUGCAAAGUCUACCAUGAAAGAAUAAAUGACCUACUGUAUGUUCCUAUGCCAAAGCUUUGCGUGCAAAUGGCAGAUCCGUUUAGUUUCCUUUCCUCGUUUGCUUUUAUUGACA